UAUCACCACUUUAACUGGUGUUCCAGAUGAGCACAUCAAAACCAGAAAAGUUCACAUUUUUGUUCCAGCACGUAAUGCAAUGCAGGCAGGAGUUAACAAUACAAAGAAAUGGAAGAUGGAAUUUGAUAACAGGGAGCGCUGGGAGAACCCUUUAAUGGGCUGGGCAUCUACAGCUGAUCCUUUAUCCAACCUGGUUCUUACUUUCUCUACUAAAGAAGAUGCCAUUGCCUUUGCUGAAAAAAAUGGCUGGAGCUAUGACGUUGAGGAGAAGAAGAUUCCAAAACCUAAAUUCAAGUCUUACGGUGCAAACUUUUCCUGGAACAAAAGAACAAGGGUGUCUACAAAAUAGGUUGGCAUUGGCUGUCUGACUGUGAAUAAAGUCAGCUGUGCUAUAUUUAUAGUCCAUGUAUAAUACAUCUCUUAAUCUCCUAAUAAAUUUGACCUUUAAACUACA